AUGAUUCUGGUCCAAACGGAGUUACUGGUGGAGGUUCAAGUGGAUAAAAACUUGGUCAAUACAGAGCAUUCUACUCGUGUUUGUAUCCUGAUUCAGAUUGUUUACAUGCCAAUGGAUGUGGCACUAGAGAACGAGGAGACUGAACCGUACGAGUCGUGCUUUGAGCAGAGCUUGGGUCAUGCAAAAUUCCAUGUCGCUGGACUUGUGCCGGGUACCUCCUAUUCCGUCACUGGAAAGCUUGAAAAUAAUGGCAAUAUCAUGGCGUUGUCUUCACGCAUCUUUUCAGUUGGAUCGGUGCUUUUACCAGGCGUGGACAAUCGCGUGAGUAUCGCUGACGCGUUGAAAGCUGGCACUAAAUUACACGAUGCGUGGGACCGGGCAAAUGCUUUAAAGAUCUAUCGCUAUGUACUGGAUGUUUUCCCGGAUUAUGGACCAGCCCAGCAUUUGCUAGGGGUUGCACUGUAUCAGGAUGGAAAGCAAGAGGAGGCGUUGCCGUAUUUGUAUCGAGCAGUGCAGUCGAACCAAAGUGAGGAGAACUUUCACAAUUCACUAGGAAUGUGUCUUAAAUCGUUGGGACGAGUGAAGGAAGCGAUUGAGCAUUAUCGACGAGCAUUGGAGAUCAAUCCAAUGCUAUUGAAAGCGUCGGUGAACUUGGGUGAUGCCAUGCAGGCAAUAGGCAGGUGGGAGGACGCGAUGGACGAGUACAGCAAAGUAGCAAAAGUGCCGAUGAGUGUCCUCGAUACACAACUAGACAUAGAGAAAGCGGAGAAUGUGGUAAAAGACGCGACGGGCAAGAGAUGUGAGCUGAUACACUUCACUGACGGCUGGUAUCAAGCCGAUCGUUGUUUGAAUGAAGCACUGAAACGCUGGGCCGAUGAACCCGCUUUUCACAAUGACCGCGGAAAUUUGUUUGCGAACGCUGGUCAGUUUGAGAUGGCGCUAGAUGAGUACCAGCGCUCUUCUGAUUUUGGCUUGCUUGCUGGGACGCUCAAUCUUGCGGAGACACUGGAGGCACUUGGGAGAACGCAGCGAAGCAUUGAUCUCUAUAAUCAGAUUCUCGACAAUGAGAUUGUCGACCGCUUUUACCCUCGUACACGAAUCAUGGUGAUGAAGGCGACAGUCUUACCUCGGGUUCUUCCUGCAACGCAAAUAGAGAUCGACUUGUACCGUGAUCGCUUUGAUCGUGAAGUCAAGACGUUGCUACAAAACCUUAAUUCACUUGGUGAGACCGAAGUGGACCCCACUCGCAUAUCUCUUUCCACUGCUAUCACGUUGACAGCUCACAACCGAAACAAUCGUGAGCUCAAGGCAGCUAUGGGUCUUUUGUACUGGCAACUAUUGUACCAGCGGCAGAUUAUGCGCGAGGAUUUUGUGGCAAGUUACGGUUUAGUUCCGUUGCCGUUCACUCAACAGAGCGAGAGUAUUAAGAAGCCUGAGAUCGGCCCGCGGCGCUUGCGAGUUGGCUUCGUCUCGCGCUACAUGUUCAAUUCGGCUGUCGGGCUUUACAUGGCGAAGCAAGUCAAAAAAGGUGGCAAGGAAGUUGAGGCCAUCAAUGAGACCAUCGUUGGCCUUCCGAAAGAUGUAAGGAUUGCUCGAGAAGCGAUCCGUGCGUGGGACGUAGAUGUGCUUAUCUAUCCUGAGCUUGGCAUGGACAAAACGACCUAUUUUGUCUCCCUUGCUCGGCUUGCUCCCGUUCAAGCUGUUUGGUGGGGUAAUGCUGACACCUCGGGUGUGCCAACAAUGGACUAUUACCUCACCAGUGAAUUCGAGCACAGUAGCGUCAACUCACACUACUCCGAGGUCGUCUACUGCUUCAAAGGAACGGGUAUCUAUCACAGGCUGCCAAUUUUGCCGAAAAAUACAUCCAAUCGCGACAAGAUCCGGCAUGGCAUCGAAGAGCGCUUUGACAUACCUGCAGACUUCCACUUCUACCUUGCCAUCGAGUCUAUUAUCCAUAUUCACCCAGACUUUGACGUUGCUGUAGCCGAAAUUCUCGAUAAAGACAAGAAGGCUCAUUUCUUCCUCCUUUCGACAUCAAGUCGAAAGGCCUGGAAGACGCAACUUCAAGCGCGGAUGGAAUCUGCCGGCGUCAUCGCAGAUCGGCUUCAUUUUCUCGUCGAUGUCGAUCAAAAGCAGGAGCCAAAGCUUAUGCAGGCUGCCGAUGCGGUCCUGUCGAGCCUUCACCUCACGCGACCACGAGCCUCGUUGCAAGCUUUUGCUGCUGGUGCUCCGGUAGUUACUUUCCCGAACGAGCUUUGGGCCUCACGAAUAACUUAUGGCUUCUAUCAGCAGAUGGGGAUCAAUGAUCUCAUUGCUACUUCUCUAGAUGAGUAUGUUGCAUUAGCAAUCAAGUUAGCAACCAAUGCUGCAUUUCACGAGAAGAUGGUACAGCUGAUCCAGCAGAAUCGAUCGAAACUGUCGGAAGAUAAACAGGCAGUCAAAGAGUGGGAACAGUUCUUUGACUUUGCGGGCCGUCAGAUAUUUUCCAGUGGCGGCCGACCGACCUACAUCUCAUCAUCCUCCUAUGAAUGGUGUCCUCUUCAACGGCUUAAGGGUGUCGUCGACGGUAAUCAGGUUGAAGACUGGAGCCAAGUUGUAAAUGCUGAAGGCAAGCUUUGGUCUGCUAACAUCUAA